AUGGCCAACGUAGACAACGAGAAAGCGUUCCAAAUUGUCGAGUAUAAGGCAGUGUCGGCAGAACAGGACAUCGACACUUAUUACAUCAACCUGCCAAAGGAAGCGAACUCUGGCGGCUUCACAAACAUCGCGCUGCUCGACACACCGCUACCAGAUUCCGGUAGAGAGGGAUCCUCUGCCGAAGGCUCGGGUGAAAGCAUCGAGGAGGUCGAUAAAUACAUCUACCUUAGCCAUGUGAUCAACAUGGGUAUGAUCAGACCGGAGAAAUUCAACUGA